UACUAUCUUCUGAGAGUAGCCUCCCUUGAUCAGUGUGUUAUUUGGUAACCAGGAAGUGACGUCAUAUCGUGCCAUGUUGUGUUCCUAAAGAGAUUUGUCAAUAUGAUGCUCUCACGUGCUAAACCAGCCACAGGGGCUGGUAGGAUCUCUGGUAUCAAAGGUGACAGAAAGACACAAGAACUGCCCAAAUUGGAAGAUUUCUUACAGAAGAGAGAUUAUACUGGAGCUAUUACUCUUCUUGAGUUUAACAGGUCCAGUGGCAAAACUGAUAUUGAUACUGACCUAUGGAUAGCCUGUUGUCUCUUCCACCUUGGUGACUAUAAAGGGGCAAUGGAGAUUUACGAAAAAGUGACAAACCGCAAGGAAUUCCUCCCAGAGGUUUGGAAUUAUUUAGCUUGUGCCUAUUUUCUUCUUGGAAUGUAUCCCGAGGCAUACGAAGCUUCUAAGAAAGGUCCCAAAACAGGUCUACAGAACAGACUACUGUUUCACCUCUCCCACAAGUUCAGUGAUGAAAACAGUUUGAUGGAUUACCACCAAAAUCUUCAGGAUAUUCUGGAAGACCAGUUGUCCCUUGCAGCUAUACAUUACUUACGUAACCAUUACCAAGAAGCUAUUGAUGUUUAUAAGAGGAUCCUUCUAGACAACAGAGAUUACCUGGCAUUGAAUGUCUAUAUAGCCCUGUGUUACCAUAAACUUGACUACUAUGAUGUCUCACAAGAAGUGUUACAAGCCUAUCUCCAACAGUAUCCAGACAGCGCCAUAGCUUUAAAUCUGAAGGCCUGCAACCAUUUCAGACUCUAUGAUGGCAAGGCUGCUGAGAAUGAACUGAAAAGUCUGCAAGAUAUGGCAUCACCAACAUUUACCUUCAACCGUGAUCUGAUAAAACACAACAUGGUGGUGUUUCAAGGCGGUGACGGAGCCCUACAAGUGUUACCUCCUCUUGUUGAUGUCAUACCAGAGGCGAGAUUAAACCUGGUCAUAUACUACCUGAAACAAGAUGACAUUACUGAGGCAUAUGCCCUGAUUAAAGAUGUUGAACCUUGUACACCCCAAGAAUAUAUUUUAAAAGGGGUCGUGAAUGCAGCUCUUGGACAGGAACAAGGAACAAGAGAACAUCUGAAGAUAGCACAGCAAUAUUUCCAGUUGGUUGGUGGUUCAGCCAGUGAAUGUGAUACCAUUCCAGGACGCCAGUGCAUGGCUUCAUGUUUCUUUUUAUUGAAACAGUUCCAAGAUGUUCUCCUCUACUUGAAUUCCAUUAAGAGCUAUUUCUAUAGCGAUGACAACUUCAAUUUCAACUAUGCCCAGGCCAAAGCUGCCAAUGGAAAUUUCAAAGAUGCUGAAGAGAUUUUCUGUAUGAUCCAGAGUGAGAAGAUAAAGCAUGAUUAUGUCUACAUCAGUUGGUUGGCCAGAUGCUACAUUAUGAAUCACAAACCUCGCAAUGCCUGGGAACUUUACCUGAAGAUGGAAACUUCUGGGGAAUCUUUCAGUCUCCUGCAGCUGAUUUCUAAUGAUUGUUAUAAGAUGGGUCAGUUUUAUUACUCAGCAAAGGCAUUCCAUGUCUUGGAGAGACUCGAUCCGAACCCAGAAUAUUGGGAAGGUAAAAGAGGAGCCUGUGUUGGUGUCUUUCAGCAGAUCAUUGCAGAGAGAGAAGUCAAGGAUCGUCUGCAAGAAGUGAUACAAAUGCUAGGAAACAUCAGUAACCCACAGGUAGAGUAUAUUACACGGACAAUGAAGAAAUGGGCUAAAGAAAGCAAGGUUCAGCUGUAAAUAGUUAUUUUAUAUUGAAGAGAAUUAUUUGGACUGAAAGGGAAGUGGUAUUAGAUUAUUAACCUUAUCUUUUCUGGAGCUUUUCAUUUGUAAAACCAAUAUUUUUACCUACUUUAGUGUGUCCAUUCAUCAUUUACUUUGCCAGUAUUCAAACACACAUACUGACGUUUUUAUUUCAUGCAAGGUUCUGAAACUUUUACCCUUAAGACUAGUCACACACAAAUAAUACAAAUGUUUGUCAAUUUAAGAAGUGCUUAGCCUUUUUUUGUGAUCCUACUUCUAACAACAACAGACUGUAUAGUGUGUUUCAAUAAGACUUCAGAGUAGUUAAGAAUCUGGAGGAGAUUUUGUUAAAAUAGUUGAUACAAUAUUUAUUGUUUGUUUACAGUUAAACUGGUGUUUGGAACCCCAUAAAAAGUAAAUGUUUCCAGCAAAUCAAAUCUCAUAUCAUUAUUCAUAUAGAAAUGUUAUGAUAAUGUUAUUCAUAUAAUUAUGACAUUUUCACCAACGUUUUUACAUAAAUAUGAAUAUUUAAACCCUUUUGAUACCAUCUUGCCUGGGACUGUCUAUGAUUCAGUGAUCCAAACUUUCUGCUCUUAAAUAAUUUAAAUUAAAACCUUUUUUAGAAUUUCAUGUUAAUUUUGUUAAAUGACUAAGUUAUUUUAUUAACUUACUCGUUAUUUUCAAAAUUAAUUGAAACAAUGGCAGUGUUGUUCAGCAGAAAUAUGGUAAUAAAAGGGUCAACAUUGAUGGUCUUAGAUAUGGUUGUCUACUUAUGGCCAGAUAUUUUUGCUGUUGCGCAGCCCCAGGUUAACUCUGACCAAACAAAAUAGGUGCUCCAGUUGUCACCAGUGCAGUUUUUUUGUUUUGUUUUUUUUUUCGAGAUGGGACGGUGUGAUUUGAGGGAUUUUUGACUUGUAUAUCUAACAGGCCAGGGAUCACAAAUCUUUGGGGACCAAUACAUAUCAAUAAUAAUGCUGGGCCUGGAAGUGACUGAUAUAUUUGUUGGGUUUUGAAAACUAUAAACUGAGCCAGGAAAGAUGAGGUUAACAGUUGAAACCAUUGUUCCAUCAGUGUUUGUUAAAUUAUCACCAUUUCUAUCUCUUGUCUUUGUUCCCAGUCAAAGACAUUUCAACGGUAUUCCCUUCCAAACUUCACAAACUUUAAUCACUACAACUUUCUCAAUUCCAGGUUUGAUUUAAAACAUAAAUCUUCCCAGCAACAUAUUGUAAAUACCUGGCUUGUUUGUCAGUGAAAGGAAAGAAAUGACAUGUGAAGUGAUGAUAUUCAUGCCUUUCUAAAUGGUAUUAGAAUGUAAGAGAAUGGUUGCAACCUAAGAUUUUAUUGUCUGUCCAAAUUUAUGACACAAUUUCAGGAAGGAGAUGAUUUAGUGCUAAGGGAAUGUCUUUGUAGUUUGUUUCAAUAAUAAUAUAGAUUUCUUAACUUGGUACAAGAUUCAAAAUUUGUAGAGGAAAGAGUUUUAGUCAAUUAAAUCAGUCUCACUAUCUAUUUUAUAAACACUAGAAGGAUGAAGAUAAAGUUGACCUCCAGCAGGACUGAAACUGUUGAUGUUACUAAAUACUAUAAGCUAUUUAACCUAUUUCUACUGCCACAUCAUCCAAUAAUGAUUGACCAAUGCUUUACCAUUUACUACAUGGAUAGCAGUUCAAUCCUUACUUCUGCUGUGGCUGUUGACCUUCUUUCACCUUUAGCUUGUUUCAGUCAUUGGACUGCAGCCUUGCUGGGUUGAAGGGUUUUAGUUGAAUAAAUCAACCCUUUGGUA